CUUGCAAAAAACAAUGUGUUUUUAUUUGGCUCUAAAAUAAACAAAUCACUGACCUUAUUUGCAUGUAAAACUAUUCCUCCGUGCUGAUUCUUGAUUGUUGCCGUUUGCUUGUUGAAUUCUACAAUGUAUCCACUGUUGACUGCCUUUGCAACCGAAACGAAGUUGCAUUGCAACCCUGAUACAUACAACACAUCAACAAGUGUUACGUCACACAUGUUCGACUUCAAACGCACAACUCCUCUGCCAGUAGCUAAAAUUUUGUUGUCACCUGCUAGUAUGAUCGCUUCUUCACAUUGCUCGAACUCGACAAACAUAUUCAGCCCUAUUCUGCAUUUCUACUCGAAUCGAAAUUUUCUCCGAUUGGCAACUUUGGUAUUCUGCGUUUCGAUUUAACUUCGAAAAUUCCAAUUCUAUGUAUUCUGCAUUGCGAUCGUAAUUACGUUGAUGUACGUUGAAGUUUUGUUGGCGGAAAGCCGUUAUAUUCAUUUUCGUGCACUUGGAUAAAAUAAUUUCCUCAAAUAUGUAAGUAAAACUUUAUGAUUAUAGUUGUAAAAGAUAUAAUGGUGGUGUCCUUGGUUGUUUGUGCUUAAAUGAUAUUUUUUGAUAUGUUUGCAGGUCAAAAGUAACAACGGCAGAGCAAUACGAAAAAUUGUGUGAUAUGAUGGCCACAAAAAGAGAUAUUGCGCAGGGCUUCCAAAAGCGACCGAAGGAAGAAGUACAAGAGUUUUGGGAGGAGGUUGCAAGGAAUUUAAAUGCACUUGGCCCACCAACAAAAGAUUCCAAUACAUGGAGAAAGGUCUGGAUUGACUGGAAAUGCUACAUGAAGCGAAAAUUAUCGCAUAACAAAAAAUAAAGGAUGAGCACCGGUGGAGGUCCUUGCCGUUUACAACGCAUAAGCCCACUGGAGGAAAAGGUGAUAGCUUUGACGGGUUUGGAAACAUGCACAAGUGGAAUAAGUGGGGCCCGCGAUUAUGGCGAUAGUGUGGAGGUAGAAGAUGCUGCCGAAACCACUGAAAUGGACACUUCCGCUCGUUCGGAUGAUAUCCCUUCAACCAGUGGAGCUAGCAGCCAAAAUAGAGAGCCGAGAGCAGACUUCUUCAUUACUCAUUCUUCAUUACUUAAGCAACAGAUUCAAAAUCAAAAAGAAUUUUAUGCAGAGACGAAAAAAUUCAAUGAAGCUGCCUUUGGUAAAAUGGAAGAAGUUACUAAAUAUUUACGGUACAUGAAUCGUUCUCUUGAAACUUUGGCGGCAACUGCAGUGAAGCAACUUGAAGAACAGAAGCGACACAAUAGAAUUAAGGAAGAGCUGUUGAAGGAAAAAGUAGAAAUAAAAAUGCAAAUGCUAAGAUUAGAUCCAAAUUAUAAGCCUGAUUCAAAGUAGUCAUUUUUUAAUUGUUAGCCUUUUAUUUAUUUUACUAUUAUUCAUUUAUAUAACGAGCUGUGAAAUGAAAAAAAAGCAUUUAAUUUUUUAAUGUAGGAGCUGUAAAAUG